AUGAAGCUAGCAGCAUGUCUGCCUCCCCGCUCUCACGUCCUGGCCCAUCAACAUGCGCGUCUCAACUUGAGCGUUGUGCAGGUUAGCACUGGCUUCGCCAUGGUUGCGCUUGGAAGGCGGUUUCACAGCACGCCCAGUGCAAGCUUCGAAUACAAGUGGGGCGCGGACAACUUGGACGAGAUGCGAUCGGGAUCCAUGACCGGCGGACGAAAGCUGCCCAAGACGUGGGCGAACACGCACGGUGACAAGUCGCCGGACGAUGCGUCGACAUCGAUCAAAGCCAAAUCCAAAGCCAAAGCCAGCAGCAGAACUCAUGCUUGGGGAAGGCCAAAGAUGAAUCCCUUGCCGUGGAACUACACUGAUGCACAAAGGGACAAAGAAGCCAGACUGCAAGAGUUGGAGCGCGGGCUCGAGGUAUACUCGCACAAGUGUCCGGCUGGACCACCGCUUGUCUCUGGUACGUGUUUCCUCAACGCGCGAAGCAAAGCGUCUUCGUCAUCACACACGCUCGAUCAGCCGCUCUUAUCUGACGACACAACAUCCAGAGACAAAUCUGCACGACUCAAAAUGCCGACACUCGCCUACACAGCCAACUACGACGAAGCCUGCGAUCUUCUUCACUGCCUAGGACCAGGUCCGAUGGGACUCGAUCUCGAAUGGAAUUACUCGCGCGCCGGUGUUCACCGCACCGCACUCGUCCAAAUCUGCUCUUCGUCGCUGAUUCUCAUCAUUCAUACAUCCGCCAUGUCACAUCGCAUCCCACCUCUGCUCAAACACAUCCUCCAAGACCCGAGCAUUGUAAAGACGGGCGUAGCUAUCAAGAACGACGCGCUCAAAUUACAACGCGACUACGCGAUCGAUGCGCGCAACGUGGUGGAGCUGAGCAACUUUGUCAAGUUGGCGCAGCCGCACAGAUGGGCAGGACACAGUCAUCUGAUCAGCUUACGAGACCUGACGAGAAUCUAUCUGGGAAGAAAGCUGCGUAAGGACAGUGUCAGGGUGAGUGAUUGGGAGCGGUAUCCGUUGGACGCAAAACAGAUCGAAUACGCGGCCAGCGAUACAUUUGCUAGUCUGGAAGUGCUCAGAGCAGCUGCAGAGUAUUUCAAGCCGACUGCGGAGCAUGUAUGCAGGGAGAGAGAGUUGUUGGAUUCAUUGGAUCGCACAGAUCAGGACCGAACGAGCACGGUGAUGCAUCUUGAUCAAGCGCUCAAGUUGAGCGCAUACGAUUUGUAUCAGGAACGCAUAGCGGGCGACCAGGCGAAGAAACGCAAGCAAGAGCAGCAGACUCGAACGGCGUUGCGCGACAUUCAACCGAAUGCACAGCCACGCCGUUGUUCUCCGUCCAAUCUGACCCCAACAAAGCCCAUUGAAGCAAACCCCGUUGAAACAAAACCCGCGCUAACCGCCAAGCAAGCCAAAAGUUGCAGCAGCAGCGACAAAUGGCAAAGCGACGAUGACGACUUUAUCACGGUAACACGUGUGCUUCUGGCGCACGAACGAGCGAUGAAACGUUGGCUCUACUCGCGUCAAACGCUGAGCCAAGUCGCGUCUUCGAGCAAAGUCAAAGUCAAUACGGUUGCGCGCUACAUUCUCAAGGCACUCAGCGAGGCCGAAAGCAAACGACUACCAGGCAGCGUUCUGGACGAUUUUACAGGCACCGACCAGCGCAGACUAGCAGCAGAGCUCGAGGAACAACGUUCGCAGUGCGACUUGUCUCUAAAACAGUAUAGAGCUUUGGCAAAGACGAUGGGCUGGCAAGAUGCGGUAGACUGCGCGCGCGUCCGCGAAACUGAGCGAGACAGCGACAGGACAGGCGCACAGCCGGUGAAACGCGCAGAACAAGCAAAGAGCGCUCCUUCCUCCAGCGCUGCGGUCAAAAGCGCAGCAGCGACUGAGAAGCAGCGUCGUUCAGCGUUGUUCAUCGAGCUCAGCGAGAGUUGA